AUUGCAUCUCUUUCUUAGUUCUGUAAUAACCAAAAAUAAUACAGGAAUUAUUACAUAACGAAUAGAUUUCGUGUAAGAAGAGAGAAUCACAAAAAGAGGAAAAUAAUUAGAUUCGCCACAGUUUCACACACCACCCUCACUAAAAGCAAAUAGACAGAUCUAAAAAAAACCAGAGUGACCAAAAUUAUCCCAAAACCCAAACUUACCCUUAGACCAACCUCAGAUUUACGAUAAUGCCACUAUUCUCCCACCGCUUCACCACCGCAUCUUCUUCUUCCCCGGCGUCUCCUUCUUACUACAAUAAACCCUCUUCGAAAACCCAUAAACCAAACUCUUCUUCUUCUUCUUAUACUUCGUCUCGUAUUCAUGUAGCUAUCAUAUUCUUCUCCCUUGUCUCUGUUUUCAUCGGAGUCGCCGGAACUAUCUUCGCACUCUCCUCCACCGGUCCUGCUUCUGUUUAUCGAUGCGGCGGAUCUAAAGACACUUCUCGGGUUGUGUCUGCUUCAAGAAAGCUCGGAGGAGAUGGUGGUAAUAAUGGUGUUGUUGUUGAAAGACGAAAGCUUUUAGGGUUUGUUGGGAUCCAGACUGGUUUUGAUUCCGGUGAUCGUAGAACUGCUUUGAGAAGUACUUGGUUCCCUUCUGAUCCUGAUUCUCUUCUAAGGUUGGAACAAGCGACUGGAUUAGCUUUUAGAUUCGUCAUUGGAAAGUCAAAGGAUGCCAAAAAGAUGGCUGAGCUUGAGAAGGAGAUAAAAGAGUACAGAGAUUUUGUGCUUCUUGAUACCGAGGAAGAAUAUAUACGACUUCCAUAUAAAACGUUGGCUUUCUUCAAAGCAGCUUUUAAACUCUUUGAAGCUGAUUAUUAUGUCAAAGCCGACGAUGACAUUUAUUUGAGACCAGAUCGACUUGCGACGCUUCUUGCCAAUGAAAGACUUCAUUCACAGACAUACAUUGGCUGCAUGAAGAAAGGACCAGUUAUAACUGACCCUAAACUAAAAUGGUACGAGAAACAAGGCAAUUUGAUUGGAAAUGAAUACUUUUUACAUGCUUAUGGACCGAUAUACGUUCUUUCAGCCGAGAUAGUAGCUUCACUUGCAGCAGCUAGGAAUGGCAGUCUGAGAAUGUUUAAUAAUGAAGAUGUAACUAUCGGAUCUUGGAUGCUUGCAAUGGAUGUACAUCACGAAGACAACCGCGCUUUAUGCGAUCCGCAUUGUUCCCCAAAGUCCAUAGCAGUUUGGGACAUUCCCAAAUGCUCAGGUAACAUUAAUAUGUUCUCACAUAAUAGCAAUAGCAGUCACACAAGAAUCAAUUAGCCAAGCUUUUCUUCUCAAAUCUUUAGGGCUUUGUGACCCGGAGAGUCGGUUAAAAGAGCUUCAUAAGACGGAUAUGUGCUCCAAGAGUCCGACAUUACCUCCCGAUGACAUCGAUCAGUAGUUUGUUUCAAGAGUUGCCCCCACUUGAAACUUCUUGAGACAGUUCUACGGAAUAUAUGAUCUCACCACAAGCACUAGAGUUCCGACAUCAUUGGAGCUGUAUAGGGAAAAGAUGACUUCAUGGUUCUUACAUGAUCUGAUUUUAAUAGUUGUUGUUAGAUUGUACCACAUAUAUACACUGAAACUAUAUGUUAUAGACAGAUACAUCAAUAUCCCUUUUUGUAAAAUUAGAUUUAUGUGCCCAGUAUAGGCACUGGGUGAUGGAUGAUACAUCUUGUUUCAUUUGUAAAAGAAAUCAAAUUCAAUCUAUUUAUUUGUUAUAUUAAUUUUUUUCAUCAAA